CAAAAACUAUAUCCGCCAUUAAUUGCACUUCCUCGGAUUAUUUAUUUAAUUAAGCUCGUUGUUUUUCUUUGUUCUUGAUUUUUCCUUAAAAUGGAAGAAAUGAACAGGAGUUCUUCACAUGCGUCCUCCUCUGAUUCUUCUUCCUCGGAAUCAUCGUUCUCGGCGAGAGCAACGAACAAGGCGGAGAGGGUUAAAGGUCCGUGGAGUGCGGAGGAGGAUAUGAUUCUGACUCGGCUGGUCGAGCGAUACGGGCCAAGGAACUGGUCCUUAAUAAGCCGGUAUAUCAAGGGACGGUCUGGAAAAUCUUGCCGGCUGAGAUGGUGUAACCAGCUGAGUCCUAAUGUUGAGCACCGGCCGUUUUCUCCAGAGGAGGAUGAGACUAUCCUGGCGGCACACGCGCGAUAUGGGAACCGGUGGGCCACCAUUGCGAGGUUGCUUCCGGGGCGGACGGAUAAUGCGGUGAAGAAUCACUGGAACUCCACGUUGAAGAGGAGGGCAAGAGAAACACAUCAACAGCAGGGGUUGCCAGUCCUACAGCACGAACAAAUUCAGUUCCAGCAUGAAGAUCGAGGAAUGGCCGGUGGCGACGUGGUGUUGGCAUCUGAGGGGAUGGACGAAGAAGCGUUUACCGCGCUGACUCUUGCGCCCCCGGGGAAUGGUGGUAUGGAGACGGUGGAGAGGAGGAGGGAGGAGAAUUUACCGGCCGGGUUCUGGGAGGUGAUGAGGGAGGUAAUUGCGAGGGAAGUGAGGGAAUAUAUGAACUCAACGCUGCUUUCUGAGGGUUCGGGAUUUCAUUAGGAUACGGCCAAGCUUCGGGCAUUCUAGUAUAAUUUAUCCUUGUUCUAUAAUUUAUUUUUUCAUUAGGAAGAAUUUAACUAAAAAAAUGUACUAAAAUCGCGGAUGGCUGAUUGUCUGAGCUCCGGACAAUAAACAAAUUUGCUUUGUGUGAGGUAUUACAGCCUGUCCACGCUGUCAAUAAUGUAAACCCCAAAAAAAUACUAGUUUAUUGUCACUAGAUUAGAUAU